AUGGCACAGAAAAGAAUACUAGCCCCAACCCAAUUACCAAAUCCCAAGACGGAUGAAUCACCCACAACAAAGUCUCUAAGCGUCAAACUCUCCAUAUUGCCCUACACACAAGACAAACUAGUCCUAGACAACCCCCAGAGCCAAAAAUCACGUAUCCAAAAUCCUUCGAAGGAACCUGGGAACUCUAAUCUUAAUGACCCCCAGAAGGAACGCCCAUAA